AUGGCAGCCGUACAAUUGAACUUCACACUCAGGACCUCGUCCAACUGCAAGACAGUCCACCUCAUCGGUUCAUGGGACAGCUACAAGAGUCAACUUCCUCUUUCCAAGGACUCUGCGAAACAAGGUGGCUGGAAAGGUACAUUCAGAUUCCAGGGCUCGACACUGAAGCCUGGCUCGAGAUAUUGGUACUACGUAUGUCAUCUCAUCACGCUUACUCACAGUUCAAGUCCUGACAGAAACAAAACAGNNUACAUCAUCGACGGCUACCACGUUUCCCACGACCCAGCCCGCGAAUCCACCACCGAGCCCACCACAGGUCGCAAACUCAACAUCCUCGACAUUCCCUCUGCAAAGUCGUCAACAGCGCCCUCUGCCCCAGCACCAUCUUCAAAGUCCCACAGCCACAGCAAGCACACCCGCCGCACCAGCGAACACAUCCCCAAAGGCCGCUCCUUGUCGCCCUCGCAAAUCAAGUGUCCGCGCCCCAAUCGCCCCCACGAGACCCGCACCAUCACUCGCGAACAGUACAAUGCGUCUUCUGUGGAUCGCCUUGCCAGCCGUCUCGGCAACACGCAACUCGACUCUGAUUCCGACAGCGAGAGUGACUCCGACAGCGAUGUGCCGUCGCUUACUUCGUCGCGCAGCAGUGCUUCCUCUUCGCCGUCGUCUGCGAGCGCGACAUCGAGGUCUUCGUCUACGAGUGCUUGCACCUGCAAUCGCUUCGGCAUCACCAGAUCUGGUGCGAGAGUCAAGCUCGACUGUGGCGGUGACGUUUGCGGAUAUGGUGAAGGCAGUGAUUGUUCCUCUGAGAGCGAAGACGAAAAGAAAUACCGUACCCGCACGACCAGACGCCAGGGUAUGAUUGUGCGUCGUUGA